AUGUGCAGGCAUAAAGUGUUACUUGUCUUAAAUGCAGCUGGAGGAAAGUCCGAAGGGCAUCAGAAACUGUUGAAAUGUGUUGAAGAGAAGCUAGGAUUGAAAAGCUUUGUGGAAUCACGCGGAUCUGAAUUGGUACCGGUGGUUGAUGAGACGAAAAGUAGUAAUAAAAACAGUGCUACUGGAGAGAUUAUUGUAUUACCUCAUGGUUCCAUGCCCACUGUCGAUGCACCUCGGAUAAAACUCUCCGUUACCGCUGACGAUGCGGUUCAGGUAGAGGUUUGCGAUAACGGAAAACUUACGGUUAAUGACAAUGUUAAUGAUAAUAAUGCUUUUGACGAUGAUGAUACUAAUGAUGGUGGAUUCAGAAGUCCCAAAAGAAGAAAAAUUUCAGUCUCCGAUCUAACGAACUCUAAUCACGUAUCUGCCGCUGAACAUGUAAUCACAACAAUCUUGGUCUUGGUGAGAAGUUAUAACGAAAACUUGCAGCGACAGAUGCAUGAUGUCGAAUUGGAUGUUCACGGUUCCAUAAGGGAUAAUUUUGAUAUAGAGAACAAAGUAAUUGGUAUUAUUGGUGCAGGAAAAGUUGGGUAUAGAAUAAUGGAAAGAUUGGUAGCCUUUAAUCCGAGGAAAAUUCUAUACUAUGAUCCCAAGGAAUUACCAGUCAAAAAUGUCAAGAAACUAAACGUUGUUGGGCUUUUGAUCAAUCAAAGGGGUGACAUAGUACAGCGGGUUGACAAAUUGGAAGAAAUGCUAUCACAUUCAGAUGUAGUCACAAUUAAUUGCCCGCUAAAUAAGGAUUCCAAAGGGCUCUUCAAUAAGGAAUUGAUAUCACAUAUGAAAGAUGGUUCAUUUUUAAUCAAUGCUUCAAAGGGAGGCAUAUGUAUUGCAAGAGAUAUUAAAGAGGCAACUAAAUCGGGUAAAUUGGCAGGUUAUAGCGGUGAUGUGCAGCAUUCGGAAUACGAAGCACACGACUUGAAGGAUAUUUUGGAAGGUUUAUUACAAAGGAGACAUGGUCAAAAGACAAAUUAG